CAUCUGCCUCACCUUACCGAUCAUUCCUUCACUGGCCUCUUUAUACCCAAAGGACGGGCAUGCCAUGUCGCCUGCCACGGCCUCCUCAUCUUCUUCGAGAUUGCAUGGCGCCAAUGCUGCCGGAAGCAGUAGCCUGGCGUCGCCGAGCAGUCAGCGUAGGGCAUCUAGGAAGACGCCGUCCAAUGAGCAGCACCCUUUCCGCCUGGAAGUCCAGCAGGUGACACCCGUGUCGAUCUCAAUGAGAUGGUCACUUAGGCCGCCUCCCAUCAGCGAGCUCAAAAAUUCAGGAGAAAACGGGACCGAAAGUCUGUUACGCAAAACCUUCGCUGCUGUCAGUCGCAAAGAGGCGCGGGCAGGCAGCGAUGAAGAUGACUGGCCUAGCGAUGAUGGCGCUACAGCUGUCAACGAUGAUGCAUCGGAUAGCGACGACCUCUCCGACAGCUCGGAGCCCGGACAAUCGAUAGACGAUCAUUCUCACUCGACGUCAAAAGCUGAAUCUGGCUCUCUCUCCCUCAGCAGGAUGUUCGAGUCGGGAGUCUCAGUCGUUCUCAAUGGGCAGGCUUGGAGCCAAGUGGUCAUCGGAGACAAAGGAGCCGACGAGGCAGUGAUUGUCGUGUAUGGUCUACAUCCGGAAAGUGAAUACGACCUUGAGAUGACCGUUGGAACGCAAGACCAGAGGAAGGCAAAGCUUGCCGGUCGCUUUACAACUAUCCGAGGUACAGCGUCUGGGAGUGACAGCGCUGGUCUUGCCACCCCAGAGGCUAGAGAUGCCCCCACUACAACCGCCGUACCAUCAAUGAGUGCCAGAGGGACGUUCACUCCUCGACAAGCCUCCGACCACGGCCACCAAGGCGGCAACGGGACCUCCUCCCAAGAGACUCCUGCCGGCCACAAGGAGCUCUCUCAAGCUGAUGUUAUCGAGGCGCUACGCGACUCUCUGACAGCAGAGCUCCGGCAGGCGCGCAAAGAAGCGUCCCGGGCUGAGCAAGCGUUGCGCAACGAGAUCGAAGCCAUCAAGAAGUCUCUAGAUCGUACUAGCGGAGUCGACCAUCGCUCGAAGCAGAAAGUUCUGGCCUUGCAAGAAUCGAUUAGACAGGCGAAUCAGUCUGCAAAAGACAUCGCGGAGGAGGCCGAAGUGGUAGAAUCGGAACAUGAGAGCUGGGAAGCAAGGGAAAAGGAAGCUGUCGAAAAGGAAGGCUUGGCUCGCGAGAAAGCUGAAAGCGCUGAAGCACAAGCAUCCGAAAAGAUCAAAGAAGAGGAGGAAUUGACCUCGGCUGCCGAGAAGGAGCUGGCCGGGGUGCAGAAGACCCUGAAUGCUCGCACUUCAGAGGUGGAGAAGCUGGAAGAAGGCAGGCUAGCAGAGUUGGAAGCCCAGCUGGUUGAGCUCGAGGCAGAAGUAGAGAAGAUGAAAGGGGCCAGUACACCUCCUCUCGCCGAACCUAUGCGGUACUCGCGGGGCGUCUUGGAGCCACAUGCUCCUCCUUUCCAGCCUGGUCAAGGACUUGCAAGUGGGAAUGCAGCAAGGGGCGGCCCCACCGGUAUGCGAGGCUCAAGACAGUUCAGAGACGGCAAGGGGGCUCCUGUGGGCGCGGCUCCUAUCUCAGGAAACAAAUCUGGACCUCAGCGCCAUGCUUCUGGCGGCAGUCAGGCCAAUAAGCGUGGCAGAGGUGGUAUGACCGGACCUGGUCCUGGCGCUCAUCCUCACAACAUCAUGGCUCCAGCGCUCAACUCUUCAUCGUUUGACCAAGCCGGUCCAGGGUAUCCGCCUAUGAUGCCUUACAAUCCCGCAGACUUUGCAGGACCAAGCGGAUUUGCCUCCGCUCCCGCCUCCAGUCGUCCCGCCUACCCAGCGGGACUGAACCCAGUCCUACCGGACUUCCAGCCUGGCUCUGGUCAUCCAUCGCCCGUCCUAGCCCGCAACCUCUCGCCAAUGUUGCCCAUGCCUCCCGGCUCCACUGGCUGGAACCAGGGCAACGCAGACUUCUCUCCUCAGGGGAUGGCGGGUGGAGGAGGGCUCAACCGCAUGCCCUUCAGGAACACAAGUGGACUGCCUAUGCACGACUCCCCAACGAUGGGAAGCUCUCACUUUCCCGGUGUGAUGCGCGACUCACCGACGAGUGGAAGUGCCUACGCGUCCUCUGCCAGCCUCCUCACACCUUCCAGCGCAUACAGUGGAGCGGCAUUAAGCAAGGAUCGCGGAAGGCGGUCCUCCUCUAUGGGUUCGCCAGACGACUCUGCGGACAUCUUCGACCCUACUUCCUCGGGCCCAAGUAUGCACUCCCCUUCUUCCUCCAGUCACUUCUCUACAAGACCGACGUACGAUCUAGGUCUCAGUAGCGGAAGUGCUGGUACAGGCGCGGGCGCACCUGCUUCACCAUGGAAUCGUACAACAGCUCUCCCUACCGAGCCUUCUCCCAAGCCUGGCGCAGGACCAUUCUGGUCUUCAGCAGCGGCUACAGGUCCAGGCGGAGCCACACCCACGAUGACUUCCUCUCCAACGAUGGGCGGCCCGCCAGGAGGUGGGCUAGGCGGUCCACACUCUUCUUCCUCCUCGUCUGCAGAGGAUAUCUGGGGCCCCAGUCCUGGGCCUGCUCCUGCGAACUCAUUGAACAUGGUCAACGACCCUUCUGGUCGCUCCUCGCGGUCCACCCUUCCCAGCUUGCUUUCAGGAGCGGGCACAACCAGCAGUCACAAUUCACCCGUACAACAAUCCUUCCACCAACCACCAUCGCAAUCCCAAGCACAGCAGUGGCAGCAUCCCCAUGCACUUGGACAACUCUACGCGCAGCAUCAACAUUUCCCACUUUCACAGAGCCAGCGACACUCGUCUUCUACCAGCUCUCACUCGCCAAGUCAGAGCGGAGGAGGGAGUACGCCCCAAGGCGCAGGUGUGGGAGGAGGCGCUGCUCCUGGUAGUGUGAAUACGAGUACGAAUGCGAGUGCAAGUACAAGCACAAGUGGGAGCGCCAAUGGAAGUGGUCCUGCGAGCGCAGGAGGAAGCAUGCCGACUAGCCCAACCGUGCCUCUUGGCAGUGGCAGUGGCAGUGGCAGUGGCAGUGGCAGUGGACCCAGUGGUGGGUCGGGCAAGAGUGGAGCAACGUACGGAGCGAUUGGAGCGGGUGGUACAAAAUCCUAGACGAAUCCUUACUAAUACAGAUGGACGUACUGAGCGAUGCGAGAUUUGGAAGUUGGCAAGGCAAGAGGGUGAUGAGAUGAAAUGUAAUAGAGAGUUUUUGUUGCUAUUGCUACUUGUACAAUUGGGGUCAUGUCAGGCACUCUUUCUUUACUUUUAGCUAUCCAACUAAUCAACCCCAACCAAAACCAAACUAAACGAAACCGUCAUUAGCUAGCAGUGUGAAUGUGACGUAGGACAGGACACUGUCUUACUCGUCAUCAUCGCUUGCCUCACUUCCGCUCUCACUAUCCUCCUCCUCCUCUUCCUCCGAAUCACUCUCACCACUCUCACCGCUCUCCACCUCUUCCUCUUCCUCUUGUUCUUCCUCAGCAUGACAAACAGAAGCCCAAACAGCCUCGACUUCAGCCUCCCAUCGCUCCUCUCCUCUUCCAGCACGUCGAGCAAGGUGCAGGAGAUGCACAGCGCCUCUUGUAUCUCCUGCUUUGCUCUUACU